AUGCACCGCCGCGUCAGCGCCCUUCGCGAGGGCGUCGUCGAGGACGACGACGACGACGCGGCCCCGCGACCGCCCCUCCCAGGGAGCGUCCUGGAGGCGAUUGGGGAGGCCGUGGGGCCGUCCGCGGAGGGCCGUCGCGGCGGCGCCGAGGCCCCGCGCCAGGAGGACGUCCUCCUCGCCACGCCGUACCUCCUGCGGCCGCUCUUGACGGUCUACGCGGGGUGUCUGCCACGACGCGAGGCGGAGUUUGGCGGGCGGCUCGAUGAGGGGGUGUUCUGGGCCGCGCGUCAGCCCCUUUCGCCGACCGUGGAAACCGUGGAAGGGUCGCCCGCCUCCUCCUCCGCUUCGUCGCUCGCUUCCACGCGGCCUCGGCCGUCCUCGGGGGCCUUCUGGAAGAACCCUUUGAGCGAUGAAGAGGUCUACGCCGUGCUGAAAAAACGGGGGAUCCCGACGAUGCCGCGCCACUCCACCCGCGUAACGGUGCUGAUCGAGCAUAACGAGAUGGAGCCGGUGGAUCUCCUCCUCCUCGCCGAGAUCAACACCGCGCGGAAGGAAGGGGUGACGAGCGCCAACAAGGCGUAUAGUGGGGUGCAGGAUACCACGGGAGGUCCGAAAAUGCCUCGCAUUUACUGUCUAAUAGUGGAUGGGGGGGAGUGCUAG